CAGCUGGUACACCACCAGCAGCAGCAGCAGCAGCAGCAGCAGCAGCAGCUUCUCUCUGACAGAUGUGAGCCACUUUGUUGAACCAUGCGUGUUGACAGCGGCUGUAAACCCACAGAGCAGAUGCAGUCUGACUUCAGCCUCAGCGCAGAAAUGAAUGAUCCGACAGCCCUGUUCGGAACUGGGACAAUUUGAAGAGGAAGAACUGUUGCACCUUCCGAGUAACAAUCGAGGUUUUUUUUUUUUUUUUCUUUUACCCCCACGCGCUCUGUUAUUGUUUUAAAUAUUACCUGAAGAAAGAGCAUAGAUGAUGAAAUGCAAGGCCAACCAGACCAGGACGUACGACGGAGAUGGCUUCAAGCGAAGAGCGGCGUGUUUGUGUUUGAGAAACGAGAAGGAGGACGAGGUGCUGCUGGUGAGCAGCAGUCGACAUCCAGACCAGUGGAUUGUUCCCGGAGGAGGGAUGGAGCCUGAUGAGGAGCCCAGUGUUGCUGCUGUCAGGGAGGUGUACGAAGAGGCUGGUGUGAAGGGAAAACUUGGCAGACUUCUUGGGAUAUUUGAGCAGCACAAUCAAGACAGAAAGCACAGGACUUAUGUCUACACUCUUAUUGUGACAGAAACACUGGAGGACUGGGAGGACUCUGUUAACAUUGGUAGGAAGAGGAAGUGGUUCAAGGUGGAGGAUGCCAUCAGGGUGCUGCAGAGCCACAAACCUGUCCACGCAGAGUACCUCUGCAGACUCGCGGACACCUGCAGCCCCCCGUACGGGCCUGUGUGUUGCCCCCGAGCGAUGGACAGCAAGGCCCCUCACUAUGUUGUUUGCUCAACGCAGGACUCAGAGCUCUUCAACAGAUAGGCCUUACAGCUGAGAGUUCCUCUAGAGGACACCGGUGGACUAAACUGGAGCAUUGGUUGCUUUAUGAACACAGGUUUUUCACUUGAACAAUAUUAAUUUUGCAGGAAGUUAAUAAAAAAAAAAACGUAGUAGCCCUUAAAAAGUGCUGUGAUGCUAUGUGUAUUUUUGGAUCAUUAAAGUAACAGUUAGCAGCUGACAGAUCAAAUGCAUCCCCCUUUAGGGGUUCAGUUACUGUGAAGUAAAGUUCUUGCCAGGGUCUUACAUGUUUGACCUCAGUGUUCCCAGUGUGUUGGUGGUUUCCAGAAGACUGAAACUGGGAAAUGUUGGCCUUAAGAGGAAGCUCUGUUCCCACUCUGACUGACUGCCAAAUAAUUUCCUGUUGCAAGAGAAGGUAGCAGCCACAAGUGUGUGAAGGUUUUAGAACAAUUUAAUGCAUUUUUUUUUUCUCAUGACACUCUAGAUUGAGUUUUCUUCUCAUAUGAGUUGGUUUAAAGUUAGCUUUGUUGCAAUAAAUGAGUCAAUUGUUACAACAAGCAGCGUUGUUAGUACUCUGUUUAAAACCUGAGAGGUUGCCUUAAAUAGCAUUGAGAUAUUAUUUAUAUAUAUGCACAUAUAUAAUGUUAAAAUGAGCAACAAUGAGGUAAAGGUGAAUAAAGUUUACUCACUGGAUAAAAUAAUGUUAAGUAUCAGGAUGCCUUAGCAAGGAUCCCCAGAAGGAAAACAGGCCCAGAACAUCUCAGAUCACCCAAUAUAUGGAACAGUGGCCUUAAGAUGUUUUUCCACACAUUCAACCUUUGUUUUACAUCAUUAACUUUAAUUGUGGCCAAAAAGAUCAAUCUUACGCUAAUCUGACCAAAGCACACAGUUCAGGUUAAAGUUCUUGUAGCACAUGGCAACCUCUGGAUGUGUGAUGGUAAGACGGAAAAGGUUUUUAUGGCAUGCUUCCCAAACACUCGGUUGCCAUGUCUAAAGCGUCUAAUUGUUGUUAUGAAGGCUUUGGUGACACCAAGAUGCCAUUAUUUUCUGCAGGUCUCUAAUAUUGAGCCUCAAAUUUUUGUUUUUCCCUUACUGUCCUGCUUACGGUUCAUUAUGUCAAAAUAAAUUACUAUCCUUUUCCAGUCUUGUUUGUUACAGUUUUAGUUGUUUAAAGCAUUUUAAUCAUAACUCUUAACUUUGCAUACUAUAUCAAAUAUUUUCUUGUGUCUAUAACAUGACUUAGUAAGAUCAACACAUAUCUGACCGGGUAUGAUGGUAUUGUUUGUUUUCCCUAUUUUGUAGGGUGGGUUAGAGAAACUAGCAACUGUGCUCUAGGGAACAGAUAGUUUUGGAUUAAAAUCCUAGAAAAUCUGAUCAAUGUAAAAAAAAAAAAAAAAAAAGUAAAG